AUGAACGUAAGUGGGGAAAGGGAGAAGAAAGAUUAUGCCAAAAUAUCUAAAAGCAUCGGGAAUCUGACGAGUGAAAACCGAACUUUCGGCCCAAAAAGGCGAAUCUAGAUCUUCUAAGAAGUUCUGAAAACCUUCGCAAUGUUGUGCAGUUUAUUUUGCCAUGGCUUUAGCCGUGGUCGGCCAGCUAUAACGGCCAAACUCUCGUAAUAAUCCUUAUGAAAGCUAUGUAUUUUACAAUUGUUUUUUAGCUACCUAAAAAACAUACGCUUUUUUUAACUCGGUUUUAACCGCGGUUUUUGGGUCUAUUUACACUUUGCGAGGUGCAUCUACAACAGUUUACAAAAAAUCAGGGGUCGUCAGCUGGCCGAGCCAGCUGAAUGGAAAAUUGACAAACCGCGUCCCCCGGCCGGGCCUGUCUUUUGACUGGCCGGGCCAGAAAUCUGAAAAAAAAACGUGUCGCUGAUAAAAAUGUCGAAGAUGAUGUAGUACUAAAAUAAAAAUGGGAAAGAUCAUUAAAAUUAGUGCUACAGGUCUGUUCCUCAUAAUUCAACGCGUGUAUAAGUCACAAAAAGGUACAAUGAGAUUUGCCACUUUUCUUUUUUAGCGUAUAAGAUAGCGAUCCUACUUGAUUGUCGGGUGGGCGCAGCUAGGCCGAAUAAAUAAAAAUAAAUAAAAUUUAUUUUUAUUUAUUUUUAGAAUCUCGGGUGGAGUAGAAUGAGCUCGCGACUGUUGGAGGAACCCACAGCCAAGUAUACAUCAAGGAGGUCUACUUCUUCUCUUACUAACACUUCCCAGAAGGCUCAUGUAGUGAAUGUGAUUGUUAUAGAAGUGGGAGAGAGGCUUACAAGGUUCGUUUUCUAUUGUUUUUCCUUGUUAGCUAUGCUUUAGGAUUGGAUUUGCCGGGGAGUUCUGUCCCCGAGAAAUAUUCAAGACCGAAUAUGUUGACAGCCUGAGACCAUCUAUUACACAUAAGCUCAUUGAUAAAAAUAGGGAUCCUGAAUCUCAAAACAAAAUUAUUGGGAAUUUCUUUAAGGAUAUUACCUUAAGGUGAGUGUGUUCUUUUUAGUUUAUCUACAAUUUAGACGGCUGAUGAAGAGUGCGAAUGGAUUAAAUGUAGUGAUUGUGGAUAAUCUGUUAUCUUCAUAUGAGUUCAGAGAUGCAUGUGGAAGGGCUUUGUUUGAGAACCCAUCACUUGGAGCUGCCGGUGUUUGCUAUGUUCCCUCUCCGUUGAUGCAACUUGUUUCAUACAACGUGAAGACAGCAUUAGUUGUGGAUCUUGGGAUAAAGGAGGCGUUGGUUACCCCUGUUUACGAAAGGGUUGUGAUGGGAGUAAAUUCAAAGGUAACAACCUUAUCGACUUUGGUAGCUGAGAAGAAAGUCAGAGGGUUGAUGAGGAAGAUGGGUAGAGUGCGGAAUAUCGACGGAGAUCUCAGAGAAUUGUCGGAGGAAGAUAUGAUUGUAUUCGAUAAGAAGGGAUUGGCUGAAGAUAUUCUGUUUCGAUUUUGUUUUGCAACGAAGAGGGAAAGGGGACUUAAGAUUCAAGAAAAGGGUAUGCGUUAAGAUUUGCUUAUGCCUUUCUGUUCUAGGUUUGGACCCCGAUUGUGAGAUUGAUCCUCCCCCUCCGGAUGUUAAGAUUCCUUAUGGAAGUGAAUACAUGGUUAUUCCUGGGCUGAUCCGGUAUAAUUUUUUUUAUUAUCUUGCUAUCGGAGCUUGUAGUUAUUAUUAUUUUUAAUUUGUUAGGGAAGCCGCAGCCGAAGUUUUGUUCAUCACCACGGAAGAUGGGUUAUCGCUUCAAGAUACGAUCAUUGAAUGCAUUAGAGGAUUAAAUAUUGAUCUCAAGAGACCAAUGCUGAAUGGAAUUCUUGUUGUCGGCGGUCUAUCAAUGAUGAAAGGUCUUUUACAUCGACUGGAAGAGGAACUUCUAGUGUUGAUUGAGAAUGACGAAAAGCUGAGAACCAUUGGAGAAGUUGGAUUUUACCGAGAAACAGAUCAACCUAGCCUUAACUUUUACUCAGCCUGGUUAGGAGGUAAGUUGUCAUAACUAAUUAUAACAACAAAUGACGUUUGCCAGCCAGCCUUUUUGGUUCUCUGGACGCAAUUUCUUCUCGACUUAUAACGAGAAACGAAUGGAAUAAGACAAAGCAUAUCCCGGACUGGACUGAUCUCACUGAAAACGAUGAGAUCACUAUUGAAGAUGACUGUAAAGUAUCCGAAAUUACUGUGGAUCUGCCUUGGGAGUCGUUGAAAGUUUAA